UUUGAUGUCUGUUAUUAGAUCCAGGAAAAGAAGCCCUCGCCCUACCGCGCUGAAAUAGGUUUCUUCCACGUGUCCCGGAAGUUCUCUGGGCUUUUGGUGACGCUGCAUUAGGCGACAUGGCUCAGCUCCGUUUCUUUAGCCUUUUGGUCCUUUCCCUGGUACUUGGGACCCAAACUCUGACACCAACCCAUCAUUUGACAGCCAGUGAUGUGGCCAGACUCCAGGCUGUAUUGAGUCAGCCCUUCACUGAUCUCAAAUCUGCUUAUUAUUCUGUUGUUGGACUUGGCAAGUUAGGAAUCUUUGUUGCUGAUCCAGAUGAGACAUGCAGGUUUAUCAAGUCUAACCUGGACACCUCAAGCGUUGAGUCGCUGUUUUAUGCAGCUGAAGCCAGUCAAGCUCUGUCUGGAUGUGAGAUUCUGGUGUCGAACGAGACGCGUGAUUUGCUGUUGGCUGCUGUGAGCGAAGACUCCACGGCGUCUCAGAUCCAUCAGUCUGUCAGUGCUCUCAGCUCUCUCGGGCUUCCUCUAGCAUCACAGGAAGUGGUCGGUGCCCUGAAAGCUCGUAUUUCCAAAGAGGACAAUGUCUUGGCAAUCAUUCUGGCGCUGCAGACUGCAUCACGUCUCUCUCAGCAAGCUGAACUCGCGGAGAUACUGGAGGAGAUCGAGGACCUGGCAGCCCGUUUGGAUGAUCUGGGUGGAGUGUUUCUUCAGUUUGAGGAGGGUCUGGAGGCCACAGCACUGUUUGUAUCUUCUGCCUACGCCCUGUCUGAUCAUGUGGACGUUGAGCCGCCACUUAAAGAGGAUCAGGUCAUUCAGCUGGUGAAUUCAAUCUUCAGUAAGAAGUCAUGGGACUCUCUGUCAGAGGCGUUCAGUGUGGCCAGUGCGGCUGCGGCGCUCUCCAACAAUCGCUUUCAUGUACCUGUUAUUGUCAGUACUGAAGGCACCGCUGCAGUUUCCCACAGUCAACCCCUUCUACAGCUUCAUGUGACCGAUGUCCUCUGCCAGCCGCUCACCUCAGCCACUGUACUGGUGGAGUCGGCCACUGCUGUGUCUGCGAAAUCUGCCAUCCUGAACCAAGCACCCUUCACUUUCAGAGAUGGGAUUUUUGAGCUGAAUUUCAUGUCCAGCCAGCCAGCGAGUGGCUAUUAUCAGUUCUCUGUUGCCAUCAGCGGCGACAGCCGGUUUAUUGCCAACAACGUUGAGCUCAAGGUGAAGGUCUCAACCAAGGUCGCCAUCAACAACAUGGACUUGUCUGUGGUGGAUAAGGACCAGAGCAUUGGCCCCAAAACCACCAGAGUGGAAUAUCCAAGUAAAGCCAAGGCGUCGUUUAUGGCAGACAGCCAUCAGAACUUUGCCAUGACGUUCCAGUUAAUCGAUGAGACCACAGGAGUGGAGCUCACCCCUCACCAGACCUUUGUGAGGUUACACAAUCAGAAGACGGGUCAGGAGGUGGUGUUUGUGGCCGAGCCUGACAGCAAGAACCUGUACAAGUUUGAGUUGGACACAGCUGAGAGGAAGACCGAGUUUGACUCGAUUUCUGGCACUUAUGCUCUUCACCUGAUGGUGGGAGACGCUACGCUGGAGAACCCAAUCUUGUGGAACGUGGCUGAUGUGGUGCUCAAGUUUCUGGAUGAAGAGGCACCUUCAACAAUUCAGGCCAAAACAUUGUACACACCCAAACCAGAAAUCCAGCAUCUGUUUAGGGAGCCAGAGAAGAAACCACCAACCGUUGUGUCUAAUGCAUUUACUGCCCUGGUCCUGUCCCCGUUUCUUCUUCUGCUCAUACUGUGGUUUAAACUGGGAGCCAAUAUCUCAAACUUUACUUUGUCGCCCAGCACUAUUCUCUUCCAUAUCGGCCAUGCAGCUAUGUUGGGUCUGAUGUACGUGUACUGGACUCACUUAGACAUGUUCCAGACUCUGAAGUAUCUGGCUAUCAUCGGCAGCCUCACAUUCCUGGCUGGGAAUCGCAUGCUGGCACAAAAAGCUGUGAAAAGGAUCGCUGCUGAGCAAAGUAGUAGGUUGGCAAAGUAUAGAAGUCUGCGGUAAAUGACAAUAUGUUUUUUAAAAUAAAAGGCCGAUCUUCCAGGCUAAAGCUCAAAGCAAAAUAAUCUUGGAGAAAACAUCUAAAGAAGACCAUGGAUGCUUUGAUUUCAUGUCUGUCUUUAUUUAAGAAAUCUGGGAAGAAUUGGUGGAGGUUUAAAAGUUGAAACGAGACUUUAAAAAAAAGAAAAGUUCCCAAAAUGAAGUUUGACAUCAACAGAUUUAUUAAGGAUCAUGCAGUUUGCUUUUCACUUUGUUUAUUUGAAAACUGAAUGCACUGUAAGGAAUUUGCUACAUUGAGGAUAUACAAUGAUUGUUGCUUGUACAGUAACUUGUGUUUGGUGGUAAUCCAAAAGAAAGUUGAUGGUGUUCAUCCACUGUUUCUUUUGAUGUUUUUUUUUUAAUGCAAAUUCAUGAUUUUUGUAAUGAUUUAGCAUAUUCAUGUUGGGUGUAUUUUCUCUUUGUAUCAAAACGUCAGAGCAAGGGUGUUUUUGUCAUCACAUUUGGAAUUAUUUGGUCAUUCAUCAAAACACAAAUGGCUAACUCAAUGUUUUUUUUAAUGAAAAUAAAUAAAACAAGGAAAACACUG